AUGUCUCUUCCAGCGACCACCAAGCACUGGGUUGUUUCAAAGAUUGGCUCCUUGGACAACUUGGCGCUCAAGGAAAGCCCCAUUCGACAGCCGAAGCCCACCGAGGUGCUCGUCAGGGUGCACGCAGUCUCGCUCAACUAUCGCGAUCUGAUUUUAGCAAAGGGGUUAUACGGCCAGGGGAUAAUCCAGGAGAACCUGAUCCCAUGCUCUGACUACAGCGGCGAAAUCAUCGCAGUUGGCGAAGAUGUGCCACAGGACAAGUGGAAACCCGGAGAUCGAGUAUGCUCAAACUUCUCGCCCAACCACCUUGACGGGGACCCAUCGCCCGAAACCAUGAGCGCCGCGCUUGGAGGUCCCGUCCACGGCGUAUUAUCGCAAUACGUUAUUUCGCCUGCCGAGGCCCUCGUACGUGUUCCAGACCAUUUAACGCACGAAGAGGCCGCGACGCUACCAUGCGCCGCAUUAACGGCGUACAGCGCUCUCCUCGGUCCCAUUCCCGUCAAGGCAGGCGACUACGUCCUCGUUCAAGGAACAGGCGGAGUAUCCAUAUUUGGGCUACAAAUCGCCGUAGCUUCUGGGGCAACGGUCAUCGCGACUUCCUCCUCUGACGAGAAAUUGAAACUAGCGGCCAAACUCGGCGCCAAGCACCUCAUCAACUACAAGACGACUCCCAAUUGGCAAGACACCGUCAAGGAAAUCACGGACGGUCGUGGAGUUGACCAUGUAAUCGAAGUGGGCGGGCCUGGCACGUUGCUCAAGUCCCUCCAAUCGAUCAAACACGCUGGUUGGAUUCAUGCAAUCGGCUUCCUCGCUCAGGGAGCUGAUGCCAGCCUCGUUGGUCCUAUCAUUGGGACAGCCGCCUACGUACGGGGGGUCUUGAUUGGUUCAGUCGCACAAUUCAAAAACAUGAACCGUUUGAUCAGUGCUCAUGGCUUGCGACCAGUGGUUGACAAAGUUUUCCCGUUCGACCAAGCUCUCGAGGCGUACAGAUACUUGGAGUCUCAGGCCCAUUUCGGGAAAGUAGUAAUCAAAGUCACAUAG